CGCACUUCAUCAAUCACACGAUCAAAGCACUCCUGCUCAAAUACGGUGUCAAACACAAGAUUACAACGCCUUAUCACCCUCAGACCAGUGGAAUGGUAGAAGUUUCAAACCGUGAGAUCAAGUCCAUACUCGAGAAGACGGUAUCCAGAUCCCGAAAAGAUUGGGCCCUCAAGCUCGAUGAUGUCGUUUGGGCGUAUCGCACGGCAUUCAAAACCCCCAUUGGGAUGACACCGUUCCAACUCCUCUACGGCAAGUCGUGCCAUCUUCCCGUGGAAUUGGAGCACAAAGCUUAUUGGGCCAUCACGCAGUUGAACUACGAUCUCAAAUCUGCAGCCGAGAAACGAGUUCUCUCGCUCCAUCAUCUUGAGGAAAUCUGCCUUGAUGCGUAUGAAAACGCAAAAAUCUACAAAGAGCGGACGAUGAAAUGGCACGACAAGCACAUCCUCCAGCGUAACUUCCAGGUCUCACGGGUCACCGGACUAUUCAUCUUUCAAUUUUGGCCGAAAUUCAGCACGGCCCGUGUUGCGUGUAACUCGACCGUGUCAAUUUAAACACGGUCAUGUUUCAUUUGGCGGUUUCAAGAGACAAUUUGCACGGCCCGUGUUGAACUAAACACGGUCGUGUUCACUUCACGGAUU